AAAGUUAGCAUCACGUUUUUAAAUGACAAAUGUAAAUAAGUAUUGUUAACAAAAUAAUGUUUUUUUGUGCAACGUUUACCAUGUACUCUUGUCAGUGCGCUCAAAUUAUCUCGUUUGUUUAAUGGCAGAAAUUUAUUCUAUUCAUUUUAUAAAAUGCCUCAUUAUAUUAUUUGUGAUUGUGUUUAAAUUAAAUUUUAUUACUUGUCCUAAAUUGACGAAGUGGCGAUUUCUUUAAAUCGCAUAUGCCUAGUUGACUGAUGACACAAAGACUAUCAUGUGAAACACAAAACUGACAUUAGUGCUGUAUUAAUAUGUUUUUAUAUUUUUAUUGUAUUUUACAAGUCCUAACCAUUAGAUAUGGCUUUUCAUUAGGAGAGUCUGCAGUAAACAAAAACAUCAAACAUUUAAUAGGACAGAUUGAUGCACAGGACGAAACUAACGAUUAUGAAUCAUCAUCGGUGGAUUCGAAUAAUAUAGACGCCAUUAAAUACAAAAGGGUCUUAUUACAAAAUAAUUAUGACUCUUACGAUCCCACAAUACUCAAAAACACGGUAGAAGAUAAAAACAUAGACUAUCGAACAUCUAGAGAUAGUUUUCCUUACGGAAUUGUUUAUAAUAAUGGAAAACCAUUGGGGAUUUUAGAGCCUUUACCUCGCGAAUAUCGAAAUAUUAAAAAUCUAGAAGGAAGCGUUCAAUCGCCACAAAAUACGUAUCCAGUACGAAAAUUACGUGAAAAUUCUCACAUAGGAAAAAGAUUGGAAGAAACGCAGCAUUUAAUCGAAAAUCCAUACCCUAUAAAUACUAAUGAAGAGUACGGUAACGACAAUUCACCAGAAUUCAAGCGAUCCGACGAUAUAGCGCCUAAUUUAGAACAAGAAAAUACUAACAAGCGUGAUACUUUCGAUUCUCAAACGAGUAACGAAAAUAAAUAUCAACAAAAAAGAGAAUGUGACAAAAGUCAAAAUUUUAAAGAACAGUCGGAAAUAUUAGCGAAAAAAGAAGCUAUGGUUAAAAGGAACUCGGAAAUCGAUGACUUUUCGUCUUUGGAGAAUCCUGUAAAAGAGAGUUCAAAAAAAGAAAAAGUUUCGCUCAAAAAACGCGGAUCUGACUGUUGUAAAAAAAGUCACAAACAGCACCAACAUGAAAAUAAAGACCAGGAUCAGGAAAAGAGCGACGAAUAUGGUAUUACGGAGAGUAACGACAAAUCCAAAAAACACAUAAUAAGUGUAGAUGAGAACCAUAUACAAAAAUUAAAGUCCACUUUAGAUAAAAUGAGAAAUCCAACUUCGUCUGAAGAUAUGGAAACUGUUGAAAGGAGUUUGCGAAGUCUCCUGGUAGAAAUGGGAUUGGCCGAAAAAGAUGAUAAUUCAGAAAUAGAUGCACCUGUCAAAAGAUCGAUUUAUAACGAAGAAGAUGAAAAUCUCGAAGGUAAAACUAACACAAUUGAAAUUACCAAAGUUGGCAACGUGAAUGAACGAAAUAAAAGGGAAGAAAAAAUAGAAAUUAAUAAUAAUAAUGAGAUUAAACACAAGAGAGAUAAAAAUCAGCAUUCGGAAAGUGUAAUUGCUAAGCAUUUCAAAAAAAAAGAAGCAGACAAAAAGAAUAUUUCUAGUAAAAAUAGGAAAAGUAAAAAUUCCGAAACUAGCACAAAUACAAAAGAAGACAACCUUCGUGCAAAGAGAGAAGGAGAAAAAUCGGACGCUUCUGAAAUAAUGAAAAACAUGGAAGGCGAAUUGACUAUCACGGGUAACAAAUCACCUUUAGCUUCUUCCGAUAAUUUAAACGCACCUCUUAAUCAGAACACAAGUCCCUCCGCACUUUUUGGCACAGACAAUAAUCAACUUAGCUAUCAGGAACGUAUAGAAAGAAAUAUUCAAUCCAAAAUUGAUGCAAUAAAGGAGGAAGUUAGAAAAGAAAUAGAAACGUUAAGAAAUAAAGAAAAAAGGUCCAUUAUGAUGCCAGUUCCUAACGAAUCGUCUAGGACAAAAAGGCAAACUGCCAUAAAUCUUCUUAACGAAGAAACGCCAGAAAUAGACCCUGGCUUGAAUAUAGAAAACAAUUUAAAACCACUCAUACGACGAAGAAGGCACACCUCUAUCAAUCUAAAUCAAAAAAAUAUCAACGAAGAAGAGCAAAAAUCUGAAGACAAGUCCAAUAUGAAUAACCGUAGCAUUAAUAAAAAGAGUGUAAAUUCGAAAAAUGAGGACAUUGAAAACAAUUUAAAUGCAAUGGAUAAUGUUCAGACGGAAGAUUCGUUACAAAAACGAUCUCCAGAAAAAAUAAAAGAUCCUCUUUCCCAACACAAACGAAAUGUGGAAAUUGAAAUACCUACGUCUAGUAAAUCAAAAGAACGAAAUGUAGAAGCAAAAGAAAAACUUCGCAACAGAAGAGGUUUGUCACCAGAAAAUAAAAGAUUAGAUGGCAUUUCCGUCAAAAGUAACGCCGAACAAAAAUUAAAAAGAAAGAAACGCGAAGCAUAUGAAAAUAUUCGUGAUUACGCUCCCGACGAAUAUUACUAUAGAAGGAGAAAACGGGGAGAGGGGCCUUACUUUCCAUAUAAAGAUGACGAUUACGAAAUGGAAAUUGAAGGAGACGAAUUUGACGAAGAAGGAUAUUACGACAAGAAUAGACAACGUAAACGACAAACAGAGUACGACUUUUACAAUCCAAACGUGGACGCUGGAGAUUCUGAAUUUUUAAACAAUAAUCCCUCCGUAAACUAUGCAAAUAGCAAUAACAGAUACAAAAGACUCGUUCCGAGAAGAAGGAGGCAAUAUGACGAUCAAAUUUUGGAUGACGAAAUUGGCUUAAGGAGAGAAAGAGAAUUUAAAGCACGAGAUGAAAAUGAAAGACAACAAUUGUCUGAUUUACCGGAAACCGACUUAUUUGGAGCCCUACCUCAAAGUUAUAUUGGAGAAUUGACUCGCUAUAAACGAGUUAAAAGGCAAAAGGGCUCUUAGCAGUGACUAUGUACCAUUCGCACUGAUGAUAGAUGAUACGACUGUCGAAUUAAUCGAUAAUAGUAUAUGCCUACAGUUUGCACAUUUCUUAAAUAUUAUAAUGUACAAUCAUAUAUCUAUACUUUUAGCUAUACUUACACACCUACUUUUAUUAUGCGUACAAGUAUGAUCAAAUAAAUAACUUAGAUAACAAACUUUAAAUUUGUAU